AUUUGAAAUUGUAUGAUAUAAGAUAUUGUACAUUUGUUUUUCUAACUACUUUUGUUGUAUUUAAAUUUAAAUUAAAUUUUCUAAUAUUUCUAAUCUGCAAAUACCUAUGUCACAAUUAGGGAGGGUAAAGCAAUGGAAUACAUUUGCUCGCUGUUGGCAUCUGUUUGAUGCAGCUUGGCAAAAUCCUUUAGAAUGUGCCCCGACAAUUGAAAAGUAUUUAAAGGGGCUCACAAAACCAAUUUAUCAUCCUUUAGUUGAUUGUGGUGAUCAUGUUGUGGUUAUAAACAGUAAACAAAUUGCAUUUCCUGGCGAAGAAUGGCGACGUCGUGCUUAUUUCCAUCAUACUGGAUAUUCAGGAGGAGCAUCUUGGACUCCAGCUUGGGAAUUACACGAUAGAGACCCAACCAUGAUAUUUAGAAAAGCUGUUUAUCAUCAUAUGAAAGGCAAUUUAUUCAGAAGAGUAGUCAUGGAACGUUUACAUAUUUACCCUGACUCUAAUGUACCAGAAGAGGUUAUGGAGAAUAUUUCCAACCAAAUUCGAUCAUUACGAUCUAUACCUAAAACAUUGGAUUCUUAUAGUAAAGAUGAAAUUGAAAAAUAUCCAAAAAUUAUAGAUUAUCCUGAAGAUUAUAUUUUGUCAAAAAAUUAAAACAACAUGUUUAUAAUGUUUUAAACAAUUAGAUUAUCAUUAGUGUAAUGUAAUAUACAAUUAAUAAUUACUAUUAUGUGUUUGGUUAAUUGUUA